GGGGGCGGAACCUUUCUCGGUCGCUCACUUCUGAUUGGCGGAGCCGCCUGUCACUCACAGGCUCGUCCCAGUAUCMUUCCAGUUGGGGAAAACAGUCCAGCGCCAGAAGUCAGAAAGUCAAUUUUCAACGAGGAGGGGCGUGCGUCAUACAGAUGUGUGGACUUAUCCGCGGACUUCUGCUUCUUUUUUUCACCGACCUACAACCGGAAAGUGUAAAUAGGCUAGUUUAAGAGUUUUUUUGUUGCCGGUUAAAGUUGUUUUUUUGUUAGCGGGAGAGCUUAAUUGGACUUGAGGACUUGUUGGCUGCUCUCUCUCGGCUUGUUUUUGCCGCGCGCACCCCCUCUCCUGAGUCCUGAAUGCGCCACAUGAUGCCUUCAGCUCAUCCCGGCCCCUGAAACGCAUCAUGCGGGCAGCAUGAACCGGGGACCGACCUGCUGUGGAAUGGCCGGCGUCCAGGUGUCCUCAGCAGCCGGGGAGAGCCGAUGCGGCCGGUCGGGAUGUGACGGAGCGCAGAGGAGGACAAACUCUUGAGAUGCGAGAGAAACACGAACCCUAGAGAGAGAGAGAGAGAGAGAGAGAGACAACCUCCGGCUUCUUCUUCUACCUGGACCCUGGUCGGGCCGCCUGCCGGGCGUCAUGGCCUCUGAAGUGGUCUGCGGGCUGAUCUUCAGGCUCCUGCUGCCGAUAUGUCUCGCGGCUGCUUGCCUGUUCAGGUACAACGUCCUGUCCUUCGUCUACCUCAUCUACCUCCUGCUCAUUCCUCUCUUCCCGGAGCCCACGUGCACAACGAUGCAAGGCCACACAGGGCGUCUGCUGCAGUCCCUCUGCUUCACCAGUAUGUCCUUCCUGCUGCUCCACAUCAUCUAUCAGAUUACCGUCAACAGCCUCCUGGCCGGGAACUCCAUCUCCUCCAACUUCAGCUGCUCAUCAUGGGAGAAAUCCAUACGACAAAUUGGCUUUGAGAGCGUGAUCGGUGCCGACCCGGGGAACGGUAUCCGGGUCUUCAUCCCGGACAUCGGCAUGUUCAUGGCCGGCUUGGCCAUCUGGCUGCUGUGUCGCAGUCUGGUCCAGAAGAGGCCGCCUGAGGACAUGGCGCAGUACAACGCAGACUUCGAGGCAGAGGAUCAAGAGGACGAGGAGAAGCCCAGCCUGGACGAUGACAUCCUGCUGGAGGAGGACCUGGAGGCGGGCUACGAGGCCGAGGAGGACGAGGACAACGACGAGCUGUACGAUGAGGAGGAAGAGGAGGAGGAGGAGGAAGAAGAAGAGGAGGCCAAAGAGAGCGCCAAGAUGAAGGUUCUGCGGCUGGUGGCGGAAGUGGCUUCAAAGGUGAAGGAGGUCAUCGGGAACUUGAUCACCACCGCGGGGAAAGUCGUGGUCACCGUCCUGCUGGGCAUGACAGGGAUCAUGCUGCCCUCGCUGACGUCUUUCGUUUACUUCUCCGUCUUCCUGUUCCUGUGCACCUGGUGGUCCCUCUGCCGGACCUUCAACACGCUCAUCUUCAGCUGCAUGUGCGUCCUCAUGGCCAUCUUCAGCGCCGGCCACCUGGUGGUCCUCUACCUGUACCAGUUCCAGUUCUUUCAGGAGUCCAUCCCGCCUGAGGACAGCUUCAUCAGAGUUUUUGGCAUCGCCCCCAUCGUUCAGACCAACUGCUCCUACACGUGGAAGCUCAUUGUGAGCCCGGAGCGUAAGUGGUACCACUUUGUCAACCCCAUCAUGCUGCUGAUUCUCUAUUACACCCUGGCCACACUCAUCCGCCUCUGGCUGCAGGAGCCCAUCGACCAGCUGAUGGACGACAAGGACGACGGCGCGUGCGAGGAAGAGGAGCAGAGUGGAAACAGAACCAACAGCUCGGCCAACAGGAAGAGGCAGAUGUGGUGGGGAGCUCGCCAAGGCACGGACGAGAAAAACCUCCUCUCCACGCAGGACCACUUCAGUACGACCGAGGUGCUGCCCACCGCAAACGGGACGUCGUUCGACUUUGUGACUACUGAGAAUGGACCGGUCUCCCUGGACCUGUACUCCACCCCCCAGUACAAACUGGACAAGCCUGAGGACGGCACAGAGAAGAAAGACGAGUGCGUGUACGAAGUGAGUUUACCUCCGGAGGACUCGGCGCCGAAGGAGUCUGAGGACGAAGAGAACGAGAUGAAGAAAAAAGGAGUGGGUGCGAUGGUGAAAGUCUUCCAGUUCAUCAUGAAACAGAGCUACAUCUGCGCUCUCAUCGCCAUGAUGGCGUGGAGCAUCACGUACGUCAGCUGGCUGACGUUCGUCUUCCUCAUCUGGUCCUGCGUGCUGUGGAUGGUGCGGGACCGCCGACGCUACGCCAUGCUGACGUCUCCCUUCAUGGUGGCCUACGGUGACCUGGUCAUAGUGCUGCAGUACAUCUGGAGCUUCGAGACCAUGGAGCCCAAAGCCGGCUUCUUCGUUAAGAAGAACAACCCGUUCCAUUCGCUUUCAUCCAAGAUGAUGUGUCUGGGGACUUUCUGGUUGCUGCUCAGACAAACACUUACAGAGAGACAACAGAAGAAAAAAGARGAAAGCGCAGGACUCUCAGACGUCUUCGUGGAGGACCAGAAGAAGAAGGAGGAGGAGGCGGAGGAGGAGGAAGGAGGCGAGCAGGACAUCGUGCACGUGCUCGGCAGUAUGGUGAUGGGGAUGCUGGUCAAAUACUGGAUCUACAUCUGCAGCGGGAUGUUCUUCAUCGUCAGCUUCGAAGGAAACAUCGUCAUGUACAAGAUCAUCUACAUGAUGAUGCUGCUGGUCUGCGUGGCCGUCUACCAGGUGAACUUCGAGUGGUGGAGAAAGAUCCUGAAGUAUUUCUGGAUGACGGUGGUGAUGUACACCAUGGUGGUCCUCACCAUCGUCUACACCUUCCAGUUUGAGGGCUCCAAAGAGGUCUGGAUGAGAGCGCUKGGAGUAAAUGAAAAAAGUCUGAAGGACCUGGGCUUGGAGACGUUUGAUGUGCCCGAGCUGUUCACCAAGAUCUUCAUCCCCACCUCCUUCCUGUUGGCGUGCAUUCUCCACCUGCACUAUUUCCACCAACACUUCCUGCAGCUCACCGACCUGCAGGCUGUGGUAGCCAAAGAGGAAAGCACCAUCUACAGACUGGUGGACCAGGAUGGAAGUCUGGCGGACCUCACCAUGCUCAGUGCGAGCUCGUUGGACGCCGUGCUGCUCCGGAACCGGCAGGUGGAGCAGCAGCAGCAGGAGGAGUGGAGCUCAGAGAAGGAGAAGGAGGAGCAGGCCCUGGUGGUGGUGAUGGACACCGACACAUCCAGCGAGAAACCCAGAAGCCUCUCAGAUCAGCGCCAGUCCAGCACCGAGGACAGUCAACGUUGCAGCGCUGCGACUGAACCGGAACCGAGCACCGAGCAGAGUUCAGAUCUGAAAAACAAAUGGCACCUGGUGGUCGACCGUCUCACAGUCCUCUUCCUCAAGUUCCUGGAAUAUUUCCACAAGCUGCAGCUGUUUGUUUGGUGGCUGUUAGAGAUCCACAUCAUCAAGAUCGUGUCGUGCUACAUCGUCAUGGUCUCCAUCAGAGAGGUGUCUUUGCUCAACUACGUGUUCCUGGCGUCCUGGGCCUUCGCGCUGCCCUACAGCCAGUAUCGGCCCCUUGCCUCCAGUGUUUGCAUUGUCUGGACGUGUGUCAUCAUCGUGUGCAAAAUGUUGUAUCAGCUGACAAUCAUAAGCCCCAAUCCGUACAACUGCACUCUACUAGGUAACUACACAAAAGAUCAAAUGGAAAAGAUUAAGAAGUCUUCACUGUACGUAGAAGAGGUGGAUCCAGGCAACUGGGUGGGCCUGGAGAAGACUAAAGACCUGCUGGGCUACCUCAGGAACAACUUCCUGAUGCUGGCUCUUUUGGCCUUCGAGGUGACCAUUUACCGCCAUCAGGAAUACUUCAGGCUGAGGAACAAACUGUCACCGCCGGCGGCCCGAAUCAUCUUYCACGACGUCACUCGCCAGCACCUGGACAUCGGCAUCAUCUACUUUAUCAAAUACUUCGUCAACUACUUCUUCUACAAGUUUGGGCUUGAGACCUGCCUGCUGCUGGUGGUGAAYGUCAUCGGGCAGAGGAUGGACUUCUACGCCAUGCUUCACGCACUCGCCUUGAUCGUUGUCAUGUACAGACGGCGGAGGAAAGCCAUCGCAGAGAUCUGGUCAAAGUACUGCUUCUUCCUGGCUUGCAUGCUGACCUUGCAGUACUUCGUCUGCAUUGGGAUCCCGCCUGCUGCUUGUAAAGACUACCCCUGGAGGUUUCCAGACUCCUUCACAGAUUCCAACGUGAUCAAGUGGCUCUACAUCCCUGAUUUCUUAACGAAGCCCAAUCCAUAUUUCCUCAUCUACGACUUCAUGCUGCUGCUCUGCGCCUCCCUCCAGAGGCAGAUCUUCGACGAUGAAAACAAGGCCGCGGUCCGCCUCAUGGCCGGCGACAACGUGGAGAUCUGCAGAGACCUGGACGCCGCCUCCUUCAGCGUCCACAACCCCGUGCCCGACUUCAUCCACUGCAGGUCCUAUCUGGACAUGUUGAAGGUGAUCAUGUUCAGCUACCUGUUCUGGUUCGUCCUCACCAUCAUCUUCAUCACCGGGACCACACGGAUCAGCGUCUUCUGCAUGGGUUACCUCGUGGCCUGCUUCUACUUCCUGCUCUUCGGGGGCGACCUGCUGCUGAAGCCAAUCAAGAAGAUCCUCCAUUACUGGGACUUCCUGAUCGCCUACAACAUCUUCGUCAUCACGAUGAAGAACAUUUUAUCUAUCCUUGCUUGUGGCUACAUCACCUCCCUGAUAAAGAACCACUGCUGGUUGAUCCAACUGUUCAGUCUGGCGUGCACCAUCAAAGGUUACGAGAUAAACACCAGUCAGGAAGUUCAAGAAACCGGAGGCCUCUGUGAGCUGCCCAAAGAUGAGGCGGGCAUCAUCUGGGACAGCAUCUGCUUCGCCUUCCUGCUGCUGCAGAGACGGGUCUUCAUGAGCUACUACUUCCUCCAUGUGGUGGCGGACAUCAGGGCGUCGCAGAUCCUCGCCUCCAGAGGAGCGGAGCUUUUCCAGGCCACCAUCGUGAAGGCGGUGAAAGCUCGGCUGGAGGAGGAGAGUAAAUCUGUGGAGCAGCUAAAGCGACAGAUGGACCGCAUUAAGGUGAGGCAGCAGAAGUUCAAGAGGGGCAAGGAGAAGAUGCUGAGCCUGACACAGGAGUCUGUGGACGGACAGCCGGCCGCCCGGCCCGCCGAGGAGGAGGAGGACGACGACGGGGCACAGCGAACGAAAGCCAAGACCAAAAAAAAGCAGUGGUGGAGGCCGUGGGUUGACCAUGCGUCCAUGGUUAGAAGUGGGGACUAUUAUUUGUUUGAAACGGAUAGCGAGGAAGAAGAAGAGGAGGAGGAGAAAAAAGACGAGGAGCUGCCGAAGAAGUCUGCGUUUCAGCGAGCAAUCGGAAAGUUUGUCUCGGCUGUUCUGGCUUUGCCCAAGUCUGUCAUUAGGCUUCCUAAAACCGUGCUGCAGUAUGUAGUCAAAGCAGGAAAGUUUCUCUACCAGGCCUGGAUCACAGAUCCCAAAGCUGCUCUGAAGGCACGAGCCAGAGACAAACGCAAAUUCUGGAAGAAAUACACCAGRAGAGUGAGAAACAGGAAAAGCAAGAAAGAUGCAGGUCACGUAGCAAUAGAGGUGGGCGAUCUGUCUGAUGGGCAAGAAAAGGAGGAGGMGAACAAAAAACCUGCUGGUCCAGACAACAUCAUCAAGCGAGUGUUCAACAUCAUAAAGUUCACCUGGGUGCUCUUCCAGACCACGGUGGAGAGCUUCACCAACUGGAUGAACGACAUGUGCAGGGAGUACAUCGAUAUCUCCACGGUGCUGCGUAUCGAGCGCUGCAUGCUGACGCGGGAGGUCAAGAAGGGCAACGUGCCGUCCAGAGAGAGCAUCCACGUCUACUAUCAGAAGGCCAUGAGGCUGAACAUCUCCAGGCAGGCUAGCCUAGAUCAGCUCAGCGACGAUGAGUCCGCCUCGGGCUCCUUGAGGGUCCGGAAGAGACGAGGAGGGUACCGGAUGGAGAGCCAGGACUCCACUGCCUCCAGAGACAGCAUGUCCAGCGUCUGCACCGAGAACACCACGCUGUUUUCCCGCCAGUCCACUCUGGAAGACAUGGACUUGAUGCCAGAGAACAUUCCCAAAACCAGUGAGCGUGCCAGGCCCAAACUGAGGAAGAUGUACAGCAUGGACAUGUCCAGCUCCUCAGUGGACAGCGGCAGCAGCUUCAUGUCCAGUGAAACAACGCAGUGCGUCGUAAUCUACUCCAGACAAGGCACCACGGACACCAUCGAGGAGGUGGAGGACGAGCAGGACCAAGGAGAAGACAAGCAGCAGGUGGAACCCCAACAGUUUCAGGAGAGUCAGGAGGAAGAGCGAUGGAGUGAUGGAGAGCCCAGGGAGAAAGACUAUGAAGAGGAGGAGAGGCCUCAGAGGGAAGAAGGUGAGGAGGGGAUGCAAGAAGAGGAAGAACUGGAAGGUCAGGAAGGAGGGGGGACUCCCAGUGAGUCGUUGAGCCCAGAUGAAGGUCCCUCCUCGAGGCUGGAGGAGGCUGAAUCUGCGCCCUCAGCUCUGGAGAACGACUUCAUCACAGAGAGUGACGACGGAGGAGAACAUCAGGACUUCAUGCAGACGGAGGGCCGGCCCGGCCUGCUCUACACUCCUGACACGGACGCCUCCAAAACCUCUGACGCCGAGGUGCCGCCCAGUUACAGCAAGGCGGUCAGCUUCGACCGUCUGGAGGUCAGCGACGACGACAGCGACAUGGACAGGAAGAGGCACAUGAUCAUGACGUCUGACAGCCGCUCCGACAGCAGGUCCGACAUCAUGCUGCCCUCCAUGACCACYGAGUUGACCGCCAGCGAACUGCUGCUCAACAAGAUGUUCUACGACGAGGAGCUGGAGCAGUCGGACAACUUCUACCAGACCCAGCCUCUGAUCCUACAGUUCUGCUACGCCCUCUACAACAUGCUGGUGGCCCACUCCGAGUUUGUUUGCUACCUGGUCAUCAUCAUCAACCACAUGGUGUCCGCCUCCUGCGCCACUCUGGUCCUUCCCAUUACCAUCUUCCUCUGGGCCAUGCUGUCCGUGCCGCGGCCCAGCAAGCGCUACUGGAUGACAGCCAUCAUCUACACUGAGUUCACUAUCGUCACCAAGUACUUCUUCCAGUUYGGCUUCUUCCCCUUCAACCAGAACAAGAUGGACAGGAACAAACCGUAUCACCCGCCCAACAUCAUAGGUGUGGAGAAGAAGGAUGGUUAUGUCCACUACGACCUGAUCCAGCUGCUGGCUCUUUUCUUCCACAGAUCCAUCCUAAAGUGUCACGGUCUGUGGGACGAGGACGUCCCCAAAGAGAAGAAGGAGGUGUCCCCUGAGAGCGAGUCUGAGGACGAGGGAAAAGACAAGGAGGAGAGCGAGAGGGACUCUGAGCCAGCCUCGUCCAUCGUCAGCGAGGGGAGAGGCUCCGUCCGAUCGUUGAGGUCCAUCAACUUUGAGACGUCCAUCGAGUCCGGACUGGUCCAGGUCCACCACCCCCAGACGCAGACCUACCAGCGACGCAAGAGCUCCAGCGGGGGCUCGCACAUUUCCCACCGCUCCCGCCUUUCCUCUGCCAGAUCCAAAAGAGGAAGCACCACGUCCCACAACAGCAGCCACAAAGACGGCAGCCUGGCCAGCGUCCAGCAGAAGACCCACAAGGAGCUGGUGGUGGAGAAGCUGAGGGAGCUGCUCCACAAGGCCAGAGCUUUCAUCAUAAAGCGGUUUCUGGAGCUCUACCUCCCCAUGAAGCAGUUCUUCUACAACCUGAUCCAUCCGGACUACAGCGCCGUCACGGACGUCUACGUGUUGAUGUUCCUCGCCGACACCGUUGACUUCAUCAUCAUCGUUUUUGGAUUCUGGGCGUUCGGCAAACACUCGUCGGCAGAUAUUACCUCGUCGCUGUCUGAGGAUCAGGUGCCGGGACCCUUCCUGGUCAUGGUCCUGAUCCAGUUUGGCACCAUGGUGGUGGACCGGGCCCUCUACCUCAGAAAGACGGUCAUGGGGAAGGUCAUCUUCCAGGUCAUCCUGGUCUUUGGGAUCCACUUCUGGAUGUUCUUUAUCCUGCCGGGCGUCACCGAAAAGCGUUUCAGCGAGAACACCGUGGCUCAGAUGUGGUACUUCGUCAAGUGCAUCUACUUCGGGCUGUCGGCCUAUCAGAUCCGCUGUGGUUAUCCCACCAGAGUUCUGGGGAAUUUCCUCACCAAGAGCUACAAUUAUGUCAACCUGUUCCUGUUUCAAGGUUUUCGUCUGGUUCCUUUCCUGACGGAGCUGCGAGCGGUGAUGGACUGGGUCUGGACCGACACGUCUCUGUCUCUGUCCAGCUGGAUCUGUGUGGAGGACAUCUACGCUCAUAUCUUCAUCCUCAAAUGUUGGAGAGAGUCAGAGAAGAGAUACCCUCAGCCGCGAGGCCAGAAGAAGAAGAAGGUGGUGAAGUACGGGAUGGGAGGAAUGAUCGUGGUUCUGCUCAUCUGCAUCGUCUGGUUCCCGCUCCUCUUCAUGUCCCUCGUCAAAUCUGUGGCCGGAGUCGUCAACGCGCCGCUGGAUGUGUCCUUGGAAAUCACGCUGGCCGGCUUCCAGCCCAUCUUCACCAUGAGUGCUCAACAAAAGCAGCUGCAAACUGUGACUUCGGAACAAUUUAAAGACUUUUGUCAGAAAUUUAGAUCUGACGAUGCCAUUCAGUGGCUGGAGACAUAUACCUACGAAGACCUGAUAAUCGCAGACCUGAAAGGCAGCUCCAACUCUCUGUGGACCAUCAGCCCCCCCAGCAGAGAAAAUCUGAUCACAAAGUUGGGCACCAGUGAGGAUUUCCCCAUAACCGUGUCUUGGUCUGUGCAAAGGAACCUGACUCUUGGAGCCAAGGCUGAAACUGCAUCUGGAAAAAAUGUAAAAAAUCUGUGCCCAGAAACCAAACUGAAUCUGAUUAUGCUUCUGAACGGGACAGUGGAGCAGACCCCCGUGACCAUAGCAGAAAUCAUCCCUCGUUAUAUUCGAGCUCCCAGUGACUCAGAUGCCACUCAUGUUGAGCAGCUCGGUGAGAAGAUGAUUAACAUAACCUUGACGUUGGUGCGAGCCCAGAAUUCUUCAGCACAGGUUCAGGAGUGGUGGAUCGUCGACCAAACCAAACCGGGCUUUUUGGACAAUCCCAGUGAGAAAUCCGAUCGGAAGCAGGACCGGAAAGCCGAAGCUGGUCUGCGGCUCUACAUCUUCAGCGACCAAGUCAGCCCGCCCAGUCUGGGCUUCCUGGCUGGAUACGGCAUCAUGGGCCUGUACGCCUCCGUGGUUCUGGUGAUCGGGAAGUUUGUGCGCGAGUUCUUCAGCGGCAUCUCCCACACCAUCAUGUUCGAGGAGCUGCCCAACGUGGACCGCAUCCUCAAGCUCUGCACCGACAUCUUCCUGGUCCGGGAGACCGGGGAGCUGGACCUGGAGGAGGACAUGUACUCCAAGCUCAUCUUCCUCUACCGCUCGCCGGAGACCAUGAUCAAGUGGACCCGGGAGAAAACCCAGUGAGGCCGCUCGGCUAGCUUUUCGGCUCGCAAAGCAGCAGAGGGUGAUCUUCUUCGGCUGGUAUCAGGCGGCGGCGGCGGCGGCGGCGGGGCCACGCAGAAACUCUUAAUGAAAAAACCGGGACGACAAAAACUGUCUCGUUAAGAGCACAAAUUUUGCAGCUGCUUUCCUCGAACGUCAGAAACAAACUACUGUAGAACUUUUUUUGUACCUGCCUGGUAGGUCGCGGCUGUUUAAGGGCUUCCCACUGACAUUUCUGAGCACAAUCUCUAAAAAAAUAAAAAAUAAAUUAAAAAAAUCCUCCCAACUGGAACCUGUGAGUGGAGGGAACGGUGCAAUACUGAGGUUCCUGCCAGGUUUUGGUGGACAAAUUAAAAAAAGGGAGGACAUUUACAACCAACAAACCUUUUUUUCUAAACGUCAGGGGCACUAAAAUCAAAACGUGGAGAACAUGAUCAGACUAUCUUGCCUUAUUUUGUCGAGAAGAACUGUUCUGAAUUACAUCUUUCUCAGGAAGAGCUGUUUUCAAUGACAUUCAUUCUGCGUAAAUGUGACGCAUCUGAAGGGAAUUUGUAGAAAAAUGUGUUUUAAGUGGCAUGAAAUAUACUGUUUGUGUCGUUCAGGUGGGCUCGACUCACGUCUGUUUACUGCACAUGGGCUUUUCUGUUUAUGCUUCCUGUUUUGCAGAGAGAAUUGCCAAUCAAACAUCCACUCGAUCACCUGCGGCGUCGUUAUCAGAUGGUAGAAUCCUCCUCUUCAUCACACCUCGCUGGUUUUUUUAAACAUUAAAUAAUUGAAAAGAGAAGAAAAGCUUCACUACGAAGGGCUGACACGACAAGCCCUUUGGUCCAAACUAUGCAUUAGAGGACAUUUUAGCAUGAGAGAGAAAAAAUAAUAAAAAAAACCAAACUUCAUUAUUGCCAUGAGUGACUUUCAGGACAUGUACAUACGGGGUUGUAUCACCAGGAACAGGUCGUGGAGGAAUGAAAUGUGAAGUUGUUCCUGUAUAUUAAAGCCAUGUGAUAUCAUAGACGUUAAGAGACGUGCAAAUAAAAAAUGUCUUGAAAGGGU